CCGCAAACACGUACAAGGUCAAAACAGACGACGUAUCAUUGACUUGUCCGUCAAAAAGUUCUAGUCUCAGUCUCUUGUGCUGUAACUACGGGAGAAAAACUAAGAUGUUGAGUCCAAUAAAAGUACCUACAACGCCAUUUGAAGGCCAAAAACCUGGCACUAGCGGCCUAAGAAAAGCGGUUAAAGUAUUUUCUCAGCCACAUUACACGGAAAAUUUUAUUCAGUCGUUGUUAACUGGAGGACUUGGUGAGGCUCUAACCGGUUCGACUCUGGUACUUGGUGGAGAUGGACGAUAUUUCUUGCACCAAGCAGUCGAGAUCAUUGUCCGCAUUUGUGCUGCCAAUAAGGUAUCCAAGCUGAUUGUUGGGCAGAACGGAAUUCUUUCUACUCCUGCAGUCUCUUGCAUGAUUCGCAAGUAUAAGACCAACGGUGGAAUUUUGCUCACUGCCAGUCACAAUCCAGGUGGUCCUGAUGCCGAUUUCGGCAUCAAGUUUAACACCUCCAACGGUGGGCCUGCACCUGAUGGUGUAACCAACAAAAUCUAUGAGCUUUCUACUGGAAUCAAGGAAUAUUCUACAGUACCAGACCUGAAAUGUGAUAUUAAGACCAUUGGAACUCAGCAAUUUGAUAUUGAAGGCCACCCAUUUACAGUUGAAGUCGUAGACUCUGUCAACGAUUAUUUGGAGUUGAUGAAAGAAAUCUUUGAUUUUGGUUCUAUCAAAAACCUUAUUUGUGGAACAGGUCAAACCCCUCUGAAAGUGUUGAUCAAUUCAAUGCACGGAGUGACCGGUCCUUAUGUCAGCCGCAUAUUUUGCGAAGAGCUUGGAGCUAGCGCACAAAGUGUCGUAAAUGUUAUUCCCCUGGAAGAUUUUGGAGGACAUCAUCCUGACCCGAAUCUUACUUACGCCGCCGACUUGGUUCAAGCUAUGAAAGAAGGCGAUUUCGGACUUGGAGCCGCUUUUGAUGGAGAUGGAGAUCGAAACAUGAUUUUGGGUGAGAAAGCCUUCUUCGUCACCCCUUCCGACUCUUUAGCAGUCAUCGCCAACAAUAUGGAUUGUAUUCCUUACUUCCGUAAAACUGGAGUUAGAGGAUUUGCCAGAAGCAUGCCUACUGGUGCCGCUGUCGAUAGGGUUGCCGUCAAAUUGCAGAAAAGUAUCUACGAAGUCCCCACCGGCUGGAAAUACUUUGGCAAUCUGAUGGAUGCCGGACAACUGUCGCUUUGCGGCGAAGAAAGUUUUGGAACUGGCUCAGAUCAUAUUCGAGAAAAAGAUGGAAUAUGGGCGGUUCUUGCCUGGUUGUCUAUUCUGGCCACCAGGAAACAAACAGUCGAACAAAUUCUAAAAGACCACUGGACUUUGUACGGGCGAAACUUCUUCACGAGAUACGAUUACGAAAAUUGUGAUUCCGAGCCCUGCAACAAAAUGAUGGCCGACCUUGAGGCACUCAUGAACGAACCCUCGUUCAUCGGUUCUGUUCACGAAUUCGAUGGCAAAUCUUUUACGGUGGCCCUGGCCGAUAACUUUUCUUAUACCGAUCCCAUCGAUGGUAGCCUCUCCUCCAAACAGGGAUUGCGGAUCAUUUUCCAAGAUGGAUCGCGUAUUGUCAUUCGCCUGAGCGGCACUGGAAGCUCAGGGGCUACUGUCCGCCUUUACAUCGAUAGCUACGAGUCCGAUGCUGAUAAAUAUCUGCUUGACGCCCAGGUCAUGUUGAAACCACUUGUUCAGAUCGCGCUUCGAAUUUCCAAGUUGCGGGAGCUGACCGGCAGAGACGAGCCCACAGUUAUUACGUAAUAAUAACGCCGUUUUUAAUCAACAACUUGCCGAGCAAUCGAGCUGCAGUUAUUCUUAGUCAGCGCUCUAGUUUUUGUUUGUUUCGUGUUGGAUUUUGGGUAAGAUAUGAAUUAAUAGUCUAUAGAAAGUGUUGUUGUUGUUGUUGAAAUUGGAAUCUCUCCUGUUAUCAUUAAAAUUUAAUAUUUGCCGAGUGGCUAGCUGCUUUGUCUAAUAAAACAGGCAAUCUUUGUGA